ACACCCCACGCUCUCCAUGCAAUGCUCGGUUGCGUUGACCCGACUCCGACCUAGAUUGAUACCCAAGGCAUUCCUUGUGCCUACCGCAGCUAUGUCAACCGCCACUGAGCCCGUCCGAAAGGUCAUGCCUUCUGCAUUGACAUUUGAUCGUCACGCGAAAUGUUCGACUACGAAAGCCCGGGCAAGCACCCUCCACCUUCCCCACGGCUCCGUCCCUCUGCCGAUUUUUAUGCCUGUCGCAACGCAAGCGUCUCUCAAAGGCUUGACAUAUGACCAGUUGCGCGAAACAGGGUGUAUGCUCUGCUUGAACAAUACAUAUCAUCUUGGCUUGAAACCCGGACAAGAGGUGCUGGAUGCUGUGGGUGGUGCGCAUAAGUUCCAAGGAUGGGAUCGUAAUCUUUUGACCGAUAGUGGCGGUUUCCAGAUGGUUUCGUUGCUCAAGCUUGCUACUGUUACCGAGGAAGGUGUGCGCUUCCUAAGUCCUCAUGAUGGCUCGCCUAUGCUCCUUACUCCCGAACACUCUAUUUCCCUCCAAAACUCGAUCGGUUCGGAUAUUAUCAUGCAACUAGAUGACGUGAUCGCGACCACAUCUCCAGACUAUGCCCGAAUCAAGGAAGCUAUGGAUCGUUCAGUACGUUGGUUAGAUCGAUGCAUUGAUGCGCAUAAAUACCCCGAGAGGCAGAACUUGUUCUGUAUUAUCCAAGGUGGUCUUGACCUGGAGCUUCGCAAACAAUGCUGCGAGGAAAUGGUGGCUCGAGAUACUCCUGGAAUUGCGAUCGGAGGGCUGUCUGGAGGUGAAGCUAAGGAAGAGUUCUGCAAGGUGGUCGAUACGUGCACAGGGCUACUGCCGGAGCAUAAACCCCGAUAUGUGAUGGGAGUGGGAUACCCCGAAGAUAUCGUUGUAGCAGUCGCUCUUGGUGCAGACAUGUUCGACUGCGUGUGGCCCACACGCACAGCGCGUUUCGGCAAUGCCAUCGUGGAUGCAGGCACCCUGAACCUUCGACACCAAAAAUACGCAAACGACUUUUCGCCUAUCGACGAAGGCUGUGACUGCGUUUGCUGUCGCCCGACUGAUAAAGGUGGCCUCGGCGUCACCAAAGCAUAUAUACACCAUGUCACCGCAAAGGAGACCGUCGGCGCUCAUCUGCUUACUCAGCAUAAUGUGCAUUACAUGCUGAAAUUGAUGGGAUAUGUACGACAGGCUAUCAUGGAAGACCGAUACCCGGCUUUCCUUCGCAAGUUCUUCUCUAAUAUCUAUGCUGGAGAUAAAACAAAGUAUCCUGAGUGGGCUGUCGGUGCUCUUCGUCGCGUUGGAAUGGAUCUUUUGGAAGAUUAAAUGGUAUAUGAGCCGACUAUCUGCAUUUACGCACGGUAGCUCAGUGUGGGCCUAUUACGAUGAUUUGCAUGCAAAGAAAGCGUUUGCAUUUGAGCGGUGUUGGAAUUGGCUUAUUAGAUUCAUCCCAUAUCUACAGCGAAAAUCAAUUGCUCCAGCCACGCCAAAUAUUAGCCAAAUUAUUAGCAUGAAUAUCCGGGACUAGACCAUCUUGCUCUUAGCGAAUCUCCC